AUGGACAAACGAACAGCAAGCGGCGACUUUGUGAACGUUGUUAGCCUGUUCUUCGUCAUCAGUCUACACCUAGCAGGAGCACAGGUUUAUUCUGCAACGCUGAACCCAAGGCUUAGUCUCGAACUGAGCCGGUGUCGAGAAACUUGUGGUGAUAACUAUUUUGAAUGCAAAAUUGGAAAAUGUGAGGGCAAGGAGUUCGAGUCGGGAGAGGGUUAUGGACUCUGUGUCGACCUCUGUAAAGACUCAUUUUAUACAUGCUUGGAUGACUGUAAACGGAGAAUCGUCCCUCCUCCUACUAUCGCCCCGACUACCAAGGAGCGCGACAUCCUACCUCCGGGAAUAUACGAAAAGAUUCGGAAUUUAAACACAGCAAAGGAUAUCAGUGAAUUCAAUUUGAAAUUUUUACGUGGACCGUUUGAUCGAAAUCCAGUAAUGGUAGGCGAUAAUGUCAAUGAGGAACGUCCUACCGACAUAGUUUUGGUUGCUGGAAAGGACUACGUGAACAAACUAAAUACAGAGAAACCUUAUUCUUUCACGGGUUUUCGCACUUGA